UUUUAAUAAAAAUGCGUUUAGUUGUCUGCUUCGCCAUUAAGAUGCAAUAUAGGUACUUCUGCAUUCAAGAGUUUGAAGCUCUCUGAGAGAUGAACGAAGUCAAACCCAUAAUCCUAUCAGAUGUUGAUAAAUUUGACUGUAAUAUCUGUCCUUUCAUCGAGGUUGAUCUCCCUGAUUAUGAAGGUGCUAGACAAGUUGUAUCAAGGUCUGUAAUGAUCAAAUAUAUCCUGGACCCCUUCUCCCAAGGUACUAGCUAUGAAGACCUACUUGUCAAUGUAGAUAAGGAGAGACUUACAGAGUCAUUACAUUCAGGAAAAUCCAUUAAAUUUAAGGUAGAAUCUAUUAAGAAGAAAAUUAAGCCAAAGGAAAGAAAUGAAAUUAUUUCUCCAUAUGGAGAUUAUGCCCCUAAGGACAUUGUCUUUGAGAUGAAAGAUCCUGAACAAACUUAUAUGGUUGUCGGUAAUCCCAAGACUGAGGAGUAUUACAUGGGACUUGAAGUCGCUUGCAUGAGUUGGAAGAAUAAUAAAAGCAAUUUCUACGCAAAAUAUGAUUUAAAAGCACGCCCAUACUUAGGACCAACUUCAACAAGUCACGAGCUUGCUUUCUUAAUGGCAAACCAAGCUGAGCUGAAGGAAGGAGACCUUGUUUUUGAUCCAUUCGUAGGUACAGGAAGUAUUCUAAUAGCUUGCUCAGCUCUAAAAGCCUUCUGCUUUGGCUCAGACAUUGAUCUUCGAGUGCUUCAAGGUUAUUCUGUGGGGAAGAAAGCUAAAUAAAGAAAUUCCAGGAACUGAAAUGAUUAAGAGAUAUGAUGUCUUUGCAAAUUUCAAGUACUACGGAUUACCUAAACCAUGAAUAGUUGCAAUGGACAUCUCAUAUCCCACAAUGCUUCUGAAAAAGUUUGAUGCCAUAGUAUGUGAUCCUCCAUAUGGAGUUAAAGCUGGUAGUAAAAAGACCCAGCCAAAUGAUGUAGCUAGUGUAAAAGAGUCUAAAUGGAAGAUUAAUAAUGAAACAACUUUAGGAAUAUUCACAAAGAAAGAAAGUUAUGGAAUCAACCAAAUUUACCACAAGUUGCUAAAGAUAGCAUCGUUCUUGCUCAAAAAGGGUGGAAAAUUAGUGUUUUUGUUCCAUACAGAUAUUGAAUAUCCUCCUGAGGUUAACGAAUACCCCACUCAUCCAUGCUUUGAGUUAGUUCAUGCUUGUGAGAAUCCUCUGAUGAGAAAGAGGUCAAGACAUUCGAUCAAAAUGGUUAAAAUUUGAGAGCCUGAAGACAUUGAGGAGGUUACUGAAUAG